AAUAUUAUUCUUGUCUAAAACAUGGCAAGGAAUAUAAUGAGUGUGAGUCUAUAAAUAGAAGGCGCCAUUAGUAGAGCAAAUACACAACUCACAGUAGCUAAUUUAAUUCCUUGUGUAAACAUGACUAAGUGCUUAUUCCUCUUAUCUUUGUGUUUGAUUCCCUUUGUAGCCUUUUCAUCAACUUUUACUUCCGAAAAUCCCAUUGACUUACCCACUGCUACUUCUGAUAAUGCUCUCCCUGUGAUAUUUUUAGUACGAGACGUGAACGGUGAAGCACUUAAAGUUGGUGCAAGUUACCGUAUUGUUUCCAUUGGUCGGGGAGCAGCAGGUGGUGAUGUGUACCUAGGCCCCUCCCCUAAUUCAACUGCCACUUGUCUUGAUGGCGUGUUUCGUUACAACUCCGAUGUUGGACCCAGUGGGACACCUGUUAGAUUCAUUAAGUAUGGUCGUUCUGGACCUGGUAUCCAUGAAACUGAGGAUAUUAACAUUCAAUUCGACAUUGCAACUUCGAGACUGUGUGUUGAUCAUACAAUUUGGAAAAUUGGGGACUACGAUGCAUCUCUACGGGCAAGAUUGUUGGAGACUGGUGGAACCUUAGGCCAACAAGAUAGCAGCUGGUUCACGAUAGUGAAAGCACCACAAUUGGGUUACAACUUAUUGUAUUGUCCGGGUCCCUUUACUUGUCCAUCCUGCCCUGUUGAUGAGUGUCAAACAGUGGGUGUGGUUUCCCAAAAUGGAAAGAGGCGUUUGGCUCUAGUGAAAGACCAGCCUCUUGGUGUGCAAUUCAGAAAAAUCUAGUUAACAACGCCGCAUGGCUCUCUAUGUAUGUUUUAGCACAUUAGCUUUCUAAAUAAACCUGUGCUAAGCAUAUACUAUAUUUAACAUGGCUUUCUUAAUAAAUGCUCUUUCCUUCUGGUUGAUUA